AUGAUGAUUAUUAUGCACUGUUGUGAAUGUGAACAAAACUAUUUUCAAAGACAUUCUCGACAUGUUUUCUCAUCUAAACAGAAGAGUAAUGAAGAAAGUAUUUCUAAACAGUCGACGAAUUUAUUUCGUGAUUUUUAUCGAACAAGUGAUAUUGAUCAGAAAAUUGAAAAAUAUACUCAAAUAAAUCCAAGUCUAUCGACUGAAUUUCAAUUAUUACAGCCAAUUGCAUAUUCUUAUGAACGAUUAUUACAAGCUGUAUUUUCAACGAUACAUGAAAGUGCACUAGCUAAACCGACCAUGCUUGAUUUUUGUCUGCAACUCUACGCCAAUAAUAACAGAUUUGCAGAUAUUCGUAAUUUUGCAGAAAACUAUCGACGUGAAGAUUCUAUUUAUUGGUAUACAAAAGAAUCGUUUAUUUAUCGAUGUGUGAAUCAAAUAUUACGCUCUGGAGAUAUUGACAAAUGUUAUGCACUGCGUUUUUAUAUUGCCGAUUUGAGUGCACAACUUCAUACAUUAAAAUAUCAACAACAAAAAGUACUAGAAAAAGCAGGAAUGACUAUCCUAUAUCGAGGUAUUCGUCAAUCUGACGAAGAAUUGAAUUUAUUACGAGACCUCGUUGGUCUUGUCGUUUCCGUUAAGACUUUCAUGUCGACAAGUCGAAAUAAAGAUAUUGCAUUAACAUAUGCAUCUCCAUUCGAUUGGCAAGCAGAAAAUUCACGACCAUUAUUACUUGAAAUUUAUGUAGAUUUGAGUUCGCCUACAGUCAUCGCUGCUGACAUUGCUGGUCUGAGUAAUUUUGAUGAAGAAAGCGAAGUUCUUUUCGAUAUUGGUAGUACAUUUCGAGUUGAUAUGUUAACAUUCGAUAUGUCAAAUUAUACAUGGUUGUGUCGAUUUAUAGCGACAAAUGAAAAACCUGCAUGUAUACAACAAGUUCGAACAAUGCCAUGCAAUAUGUCUUCAUGUCAAUUGAUGUUGUGUGGAAAUGAUAGAGUUUGUUCAAAAACAAUACGAUAUGAGCAGGGUAAUGCCAAUUAUAAAAACCUCAAGUCUCUUUCAAAAGAUCGACAAAAAUUGUCAUGGAUAGCCUAUAAAGCAAUCGAUUGGGCAUACAUUCGACAUAUUGAUUGUAUUAUUCAAUGGCAGCAAAAUGAUAUUGAUAAAAUUAUGACUACAUGUCAACAUGUUUUAGAAACAUAUGCGCAAGCCGAUGUAAAAGAUUCAUUUGAUGAUUUACAAAUCGCUUCUUGUAUAAAUAAUUAUGGCUAUCUUAAUAUAUUGUGGGGUAAUCAUAUACAAACUAUUAGUUUAUUCAAGACUUCAUUGAACAUACGAGAAAGAUAUCUACCAUUUGAUCAUAUACUUCUAGCUCAAAGCUAUCGCAAUUUAGGACUCGCAUAUGGAAAUUUUUGUGAUUAUCAGACUGCAUUUGAACUUCAUAAGCAUGCACUCAGUAUCAAUCAGCACGCAUCUGUUGCAGCGCAAUGGAGUACGGUUACAACGCUGCGUAAUAUGGGAGACCUUUAUCAUCGUUCAAGCAACUGUACGAAAGCUAUAAAAUACUAUUCGAAAGCUCUUGAUACAUACUACAAAUGUUUGAAUUUUUUUAAUUCAACAGAAUUAUAA